AUGAUGACCUCAGCACUUCCUCCCCCACCCCCGCCCCCGCCACCCGGUCCUCCUCCGCCCGCGUUGACCAUGAACCCAUACAGUGCAGGAGAAGAAGUGCAUACUCCGAAUCAAUUCAUCCAAGUGCAAUACUCCAACGAGUCCAUCUCCGACUUCGCCAGCCGCGUACUCCGCAUCGGGCCUUUCAGACGCAAUGUCUUUAUGACCCUUCAUCCAGCUAGUGCGGCAGACUACAAAGAGUACGAGUGGCUUAUCAAGUACGGAAGCUCUGAGAUUUGGUAUGAGAAGCCUACCAAAGCGCUCCUCAGGAGUGUCAAGACGCUCGAGGCGAAUCGACGAGCACCGGGUGAACUGCUCCCUCUACACAAUGCCAGGCCAGUGAGUCUUGAGACGCCAAAAGUAUGGGCAUCAGCUGCCAUGACGACACCGACCGACGACGACAUCUUCGAAUGUGUUGCUGAUCAUCCUGUGGACGAUGGCUACGACACCGGGACAUGCCACCAAUGUACUGAGGCCAAGUCAGAAGCACUUGAAGGCACACCUCUCGUCUACUGUCUAGUGUUCAGUACUUGCCAAGCAGCCGAUCCUUUCAUUCACGGCGCCCACUUCAACGGCCGCCAGAUCUACAAGCUUGUCAAGUGCGGUAGUCGCGAGGCUGCAGUUGCAGAGACUUUUUACGCCGCUGGUGUCAACGGAUGGAGUCUGGCUUUUAGCUGCAUCAUGAAGCUAGGUGAGGACUUCGAAGAGAGAUGCGGUACGGCCAAAAAGGUCAACGUGCUAUGGAUGCUGGCUGAAGAAGAGGCCGAUGAAAAGAUCGUUAAGAUAUUCUACUAA